AUGAGCCCCUUCUGCUUAGUGUACGGAAAGGCUUGCCACCUUCCAGUAGAGGUGGAACACAAGGCUUUCUGGGCUGUGAGGGAGUGCAACAUGGGAUUUGAGAAAGCUAGCACUGAAAGGAAGCUGCAACUGGCAGAACUAGAAACCCUUCGCCUCGAAGCUUAUGACAAUGCCAGAUUAUACAAAGAGAAGGUGAAGGCUGUGCAUAACAAGCAUAUUAAGAGAAGAGAGUUCAGACCUGGAGAUCUGGUUCUCCUUUACAACUCCAGGCUGAGACUCAUGCCAGGAAAAUUGAGAUCUAGAUGGGAAGGACCCUACAUAGUAGAGAAGGCAGAACCAUAUAGAGUCUUCCACUUGAGUCAUCCUUCAAGUCCUAAUUGCAUCAAGGUUAAUGGACAUCGCCUAAAGCUUUAUCAUGGCGAGAAGAUGAAGGAACACAAAGAGCUAGAGGUCUUCCUCUUGGAGGACCCAUCAACAGAAGUAGAAUGA